GGAUUUACUCUUAAAAUCCUAACCAUAGCAUGGUCAAAGGAUAAUGGUUUACCGAAUAAACAAUUAAUCUACUUUACCAAGACCGAGUGGCUUGUCAAUAGAAGUAUUCAUUCCGAUCGCCAGACCGGACUUCACAAUUACAGAUACAUGUAGACGUUGAUAACGUUCCAUCCUACCCGUUCUUUCUGCCGCUGAAACAAGACCUUGAUUGACACUUUGCGCAAAGCACCUUGCGCGACGUCACGAAAAAUCGCCUAACAUCCAAUCAUUUUCGAUCACGCGCUAUUUAUUGAAAACCAAAUUGUAGAGCAAGACAGUUGUUUGGCCUUUUGGAAUCUUUGGGCACCAUCAUUCAUAAUAUCAUGGAGACAAAAACGGUGAUCAUUUGGACUUUUGCGGCUUUCUUGGCGUUCAUUGAAAUAUCCACAGCAUCAAAAGAAUCAAAACUUGACCAAGACGACUCAGGGGUGAAGUCAGUAAAGAGACGAUCAAAUCCUAUGGAGGACAUUACAGACUCAUACGAAUUUUCGAACGAAGAUUUAGAUGAACUUGUAAAAAGAGGAUCACUUUUCCGGUUUGGAAAACGGGGAGCGUUGUUCAGAUUUGGCAAGAGGAACGAUGAUGAUAAAAGGGGGUCGUUGUUUAGAUUUGGAAAACGUAUGGACGGUUAUUACGUGUCACCAUAUGCUAGUAGUGAGAAUUUUCCAGAGAAGGACGAUAAAAGAGGAAGUCUAUUCCGAUUUGGCAAGCGAUCGUCUUUGUUCCGGUUUGGUAGAAGUGUCGACAAUGAAAAGCCACACACACCAUUUCGUUUCGGUCGUGAAGAGGAGGACGAAAUUUAAGAGAACUCCGUAAACGCAGAUGUCACUCACUUACUUACACGUAUUUUGUAUAAAAAAGCAACAUCAUGUUUACCAAGACUCUAUGUAAACGCUGUAUAGAAUAUAUGUUAUUAUUUCAUAUAGUAGAAAAUAAUGCAUUUGAUCUGACAAUUCAUCUUGACAAUACACGUUUCCGUUUUAUGAAUUUAAAUUUUUGUAUUAUCGAACCAUUCAGUCGUGUGUUGGUUAGUUAUUUCAUGGCAAAAUUAGCGCUGUACAAACAACUAAUUAUAUGGUGCCGUAAAUUAGAAAAUGAAUAAAAGCUGGAAUUGAAA